CACAGCGUCCCUCUGUGUCAGUGAGUCCCUCUGCUGAGAUGAUGGAGGGUGGUUCAGUGACUCUGACCUGUAGCGCUGAUGCUAACCCAGCAGCUAACUACACCUGGUACAAGGAGCAUGAAGACUCACCACGAGCAUCAGGACAGAUGUUCACCAUCACUGACUUCAGAGCUGAACACAGUGGGAAUUAUUCCUGUGAAGCCCAGAACCAGAUGGGACGUAAUACCUCCACCUUACUUCAGAUUACUUCUUCAGGAAAAGGAGCAUCUCCAUGGUCAAUAAUAACAGCAGCUGUUGCCUCCACAUCUGCUGUUCUUCUGGUGAUUGUGAUCCUCGCUGCCUUCUUCUGGAUCAGAAGAAAAAGGUCCUCACAAAGCAGCCGGAGACCAGAGAACACUGAGAUCCCAACAGAAGAGCUUUGCUAUGCCAGCGUGAACUUCUCCAGAAACCAGGAGGAUCUUCUCUACUCCAACAUUAGGCCAGAUCGCCCCCCCAGACGCACCGAGGAAGUGGAAGAAGUUCUGUACUCAAGUGUCAACGUUAAGAGUUCUGGUGCUGCCAGUCAGUGUGAAGGAGCUGUGGAUGAUUCUUCUGCUCUGUACAGCACCGUCAGCAAAGCACCAAGAGAAUGAAGCCACACGGACAUGUGGUGUGUUACUUUACAGAGUUUAAGCAGCUUAAACACACCUGCAUGAAUAUGAGGUUUGACAUGUUGUAUAUUCACCAUCGUUAAGGCUUCCAUCAGAGAACUAUCAGUGAGCCAAUGGGAGGCCAGCUUGCAGUCUGGAAUCAGCCUUUAAAUGUUACUACCUGUUCUAUACAAGCAUCUUCAAGUGCAUUU